UAGACAGCGAUGAGUUGGAGAAGGCGUCGUUUUAUGAGGAGUACAUCUAGUGCUCCGUCGGGCCGUAAUACGGAAGGGAGAGCAGUUAAAAUCGAGUGAGUGCCUCUGGCUUGUCAGUAAGGUGAACUCCAGGAUAAUGUAGGGCACCAAACUUAGCACCGAUGAAGAUAGAACAGCUUUCAUGAGAACAGGACAUUCACCCUGCCAUAUCUGUAUGAUAAGGAGCCAGAAUAUACUGGUGAGGAAAUCUAACAGAUUGAAGAGGAAAGAACAGAGACGAGGGCAGACAGGGCAAAAUAUGCAUCUGGAAGGUAAAGUAAUGACAAUGAGUCAGCUGAGUAUACGCCGCUGGACAACCAAAAAUGUAGCCAAGUGGCUUAAAGAUGAGGGUUUCCGUGACUAUGUUGAACUACUGUGUGAAAAGCACAGGCUUGAUGGUAUUUCCUUAUUGACUUUGACAGAGUAUGACCUCCGUUCUCCUCCACUUGAACUAAAAGUUCUAGGGGAUAUCAAAAGGCUGAUGGUUUCAAUUCGCAAACUUCAAAAGCAGAACACUGAUAUUUUAGAAGAACUUGGUUGUGAAAGUUGGUCUGUUGGAUCUUAUGGACAUAGCUUGUCUUCUCAGUCAGCAAAUGAUUGGCUUUGUAAUGGUGAUCCUUCCCGAGACUAUGAUAAUACUAUUACCAGUCUAAGUAGUGAGCAGUAUCACCAAUAUUCAAAUGGGAAAAAUAAACAGCGAAGGCUUGAUCCUGAGUACUGGAAAACUGUUCUAAGCUGUAUUUAUGUAAUAUUUGUGUUUGGAUUUACAUCCUUUGUCAUGGUUAUAGUGCACGAGCGAGUGCCUGAUAUGCAGACGUACCCACCUUUACCAGACAUAUUUUUGGACAGUGUACCUAGAAUACCAUGGGCCUUUGCAAUGGCUGAAGCUUGUGGUAUUAUUCUAUGCACAAUAUGGUUGUUAGUAUUGCUUCUUCAUAAACACAGGUCUAUUCUGUUACGUAGAAUGAGUAGCCUCAUGGGCACUGUGUUUAUGUUGCGUUGUAUUACAAUGUUUGUAACAUCUUUAUCUGUCCCUGGUCAACACUUGCAGUGUUCUGGAAAGCUCUAUGGUGACAUGUGGGCAAAGCUGCAUCGGGCUGUUGCAAUUUGGAGUGGAUUUGGCAUGACCCUAACUGGAGUUCAUACGUGUGGUGAUUACAUGUUUAGUGGCCACACUGUUGUACUUACCAUGCUCAAUUUCUUUGUUACUGAAUAUACUCCAAGAAGCUGGAACUUCAUCCAUACGCUGUCUUGGGUUCUGAACUUAUUUGGCAUCUUCUUUAUAUUGGCAGCACAUGAACAUUACUCUAUAGAUGUUUUCAUUGCCUUUUAUAUCACCACAAGACUCUUUUUGUACUACCACACACUAGCAAACACAAGGGCAUAUCAGCAGAGUAGAAGAGCAAGGAUCUGGUUCCCAAUGUUCUCAUUCUUUGAGUGCAAUGUUAAUGGACCUGUACCCAAUGAAUAUUGUUGGCCUUUCUGUCGACCCUCAAUAAUGAAAAGAUUAAUUGGCUAGAAUCAUCAGCCUUUCAUCUUUUAUAGAUGUACUUUAACCCUGCACUAAUUUCCUCUCUCAGGCAAUGAGUUAUGCAAUGGCUCCUAUUUAGUGUAAUCUGUGCAAUAAUUGAUAUUGACAAUACAAAAUAUUAUAAUGUUUUGGAAAAUAAAACUUUAUAAUGGUCAAGAGAGUUCUCAUUUGGAGGACUGUCUGUGUCUGUUAACUGUAAAAUGUCUGCCAUUAUAUCAAAAUUCAACCUAGUGGGAAAAUAUAUAAACAGAUUGAUGUCACAAUUUCUUUCUUGGGAUAUGCUUAUUGUAUUACGAAAACUGAAAUUUCUAUUACCCAGUCUGUACCAAAUAUUGCAAAUGCAGACAAUACCAGGAUAUUUGUAAUGUUGAGGCAGUUCCUUUUAACCACUAUUUUUUUAGUGAGCAAAUCUUUUCUGUUUCUUUUUCAGAUGUUCCUGUUUAACUACAUUUAUGCAUGUCUUACAUGACAUAACAGUUUGCAUGUUAAAUAUUAUCUUGAUCAUGCAAUUUAAAAUUACUUCUUUUGACUUUUACACUAGCAACAAGGUGUUUGUUGAUGGAUACUGAUUAUAUCACGUCAUAGGUAAGGUGCUGCUCUUAUCAAGUAAAUAUCUGUAACACUGCACAUUAAAUGUCUUAACGUGUAUCUCAGAAUAUUGUAUUCUAAAAUGAAGUUUUCAUAACAAAUAUUUAGUUUUUUUAAGUGUUCUUAUUAAGUAUGCAGUUCAGUAAUUAAAAACUUUUCAUCAAUGCCAUGUUAUAUUUACUCUGACACAGUUAACAAAAAAGUGCUUUGUAUGUGGUAAGAUGAUACAUUUGUAGAAGUGUAAAUACACAUGCACAUCCACACAGAGAUAACAAUGUAAAAGUAAAACUUUCAUUACAGGCCUUUAAUAAUGUACAUUUCAAGAUAAAUCUGCUUAAUCAGUUAAUGUAUUUGAGCAUAACUAUUCAUUCUUUUCACCAUAGAUUUUCUGUCUUAUUAUUUAUUUCACAUACUGUAACAAAUGUUGUGCUGCCUGUCUUAAAGCCACGAAGAACAUUUUAAUGCCAUUUUUCUAGUCAUCAGGUAUUCAAUCUCUGUAUGAUAUGGGAAGGGAGGAUGUCUGGUUAUCUCUCCAAAGUAUUGUUUGAACAUCAUGGUUAUAUGACCAUGAUAUUGAAAUAUUUUAUAGUAUCUCCUUUGACGUAUUAUAUCUAAAGUUAUGUAGUAGGUUGAAUUAUGAGUUUUAAUAUAAUUUUGUUAAUAUUAAAAAAUUUCUUACAAUAACAGUUGAAAGUCUUCUAUAUUUAAUUGUGUACUGUACAGUAUGUUUAAGAAGAAACAUUUUAAGCAUCAGUUAUCUUUAGAAUUUAAUUUAUACUGGUAGUUAUUACCAAAUUGUUUACCAUUUUAACUUUAAGGUACUGACUGCCUUGAUCCAGUUUACUAAUUGCACUUACGUUUGUAAAAGCACUAUAUUCUGUAAAUGUUUACAUCAUUUUACAUAUUCAGUUUAUAUAUACAUAUAUAUAAUAUAUAAAUGUGUGUAUAUAUGUAUAGUAUAUAUGUACAGUAUAUGUUACAGUAUCCUGUUAAUAAAUUUGAGGAUACAGACUACGUUGCUAAGCAAUAUGAGUAUACUAGGUAUUCUUUAUUUAUGUAGAGUCUUCAGAAAACAAUUACUUAACUAAACAAAAGACAUUUCAAAGUCAUUAAUAGCAACCAAAAUUUCUGAAGGGGAAUAAACCUCUUAAUUGUUAAAAGAUCAUUCUCUUUAUAUUCAGUGUGUUACGUACUUUAAGCAUUUGAUUAUUCACUUUUAAAAAUGCUGUUCUGUGGUCCCCAGCAUACUGUAGAUGUUACUUGUCUUCACACCAUUUAAUGUGGCUGAUGCAAUAAAGGGUUACUUUUAGUUAUUUUUGCAGCCAUUCUGAUGUUAUUGAUUUACACUGUGACAUGAAGAGUAUUUAAGGUUUCCUCUGCUUCAUAUGCAGGAGAUAAAUAUUAAUAUAAGAUUUAGUUUAGGACCAUGUUUUCCAAAGUUAAAUGUCUAAGUAUUGUUUAAUUUUUUUUUAUAAAGUCACAAUAUUCCAAAUAAAAGCAAUGAAACUUUUUCCUUUCAAGAUACUCCUGGUUUCCUUUUCUGUGGGUCAGUAUGACCAAUUUAAUAUUAGUAGAUCUGAUGCAGCUGUGUAAUUAUAAAACUACAAAAUCUGAGUUUGUGUGUGUGUUUUUUUAAUCAAAAAUGAAGCCUUUAUGUUGUUUUACAAUUUAAUUCAAAUUAAAAAUUACAAUUUUUUUAAACUUUAAAAGUUUCUUUACAUUUUAUUUUCAGAAAAGGUUUUGACAAGUGUAUAAUGUUAACCCAUUGUGUAUUAAAGUAUGUGACAAUACAUGUGAAACAAUGUUUGUGAACCUGAAGCCAUCUACAAAGUCACUAAUAAAGUUAACCCCAUGAAAA